AGAAGGAGCACCCUACACAGCCAGAAGUGCUAGACGGAGACAAGUGCCAGAGUGAGAGAGAGAAGGCAGGGAAAUGUUGGGCAUACGAUUAUUUUUGAUCGCUCUGCUGGUGGGUCUUUUGAUUCUGUACUUCCUGAAACAGCUCUGGUGGUCACGCAGACGCUUCCCUCCAGGGCCCCUUCCACUUCCUGCCAUUGGAAGCAUGUGGCGGGCUGCGAUCAGGCUCUAUCAAGAGACAUUCACUAAGCGGACAAAACAAAAUGGAAACACGGAGCAACCCGUGAUGCCUUUCCUUAGAGCUGUAACAAAUGAAAAGGAUCUUGUAUUUUCCAAUGGACACAUCUGGAAGCUGCAGAGGCAGAUUGGGCAGUCUGUUAUGAAGAAGCUGGCAAUGAGGAAGCAAGGGUUGGAGCACUAUAUAAAAGAGGAGGCCCAUCAGCUUGUGGAUUCCUUUGCACAUGUAAAAGGGCAGCCACUUGACCCUUUGUUGCCUAUCACUAAUUCAGUGUGCAAUGUGGUAUGCGCUAUGGCUUUUGGACAUCGGUAUUCUGCUGAAGACGAAAAUUUCCAGAAGCUCACUGAAGCUAUUGAUCUUGCCUUAAAAUGUGGAGGUAGCUUCAUUUAUGCUCUCCAUGAAAUGUUCCCUUGGGUCCUUAAGCGUCUUCCAGGGCCACACAAGAAGGCCCUGUCCUCUAGGGAGCUUGUGCAUUUAUUGGCAAAGGAGGAGAUGAAGAAGCAUAAAGAACAUCAUCUUCUACGUGAGCCACAGGAUUUCACUGAUUUCUAUCUACUUCAAAUGGAGAAAAGCCAGGGCGACCCCAACUCUGUCUAUAAUGAAGAGAACCUGGCCCAGUGUAUACUUGACCUCUUUAUAGCAGGGGCAGAGACGACUGCUACUACUCUGCAGUGGGCCCUUCUCCUCAUGGCAACUCAUCCAGAUAUCCAAGAGAAAGUCCACAAGGAGGUGGAAGAUGUUUUGGGUUCCUCUCGGUCAGUCUGCUAUCAAGAUUGGAAGAAAAUGCCAUUCACCAGUGCUGUGAUUCACGAGAUCCAACGCUUAAAAUAUGCCUUCUUAUUCAGAAUCAUCAGACAAUGUGCAAAGGAUGUGAACGUCUUUGGAUUUCUCAUGCCCAGGGGAACUUUUAUUAACCCAGAUCUAAAUUCUGCUGUUCUUGAUAAUAAGCAAUGGAAGACCCCUGAAGAAUUCAACCCAAAUCAUUUUUUGGACAAGGAUGGGAAUUUUGUGGCCAGGGGAGAAUUUCUGCUAUUUGGUUCAGGGGAUUCUGUGUGCUUAGAGGAGCAGCUUGCAAGAAUUGAGCUCUUCAUUUUCUUCAGCAAUUUGCUGAGGGUGUUCAUCUUCCAGUUGCCAAGUGGUGUGAAAAAAUCCAGUGAACAGCACAAAGUGGGACUGACAACCUAUCCCCAUUCUUAUAAACUCGUUGCCAUUCCUCGCAGCAGGGCAUCGUAAACUAUCAACACAGUUUGAGCAGCCUAUUUAUUUAUUACCAUAAAUUUCUCGGUUCUGCUCUGAGGUGGAACUUCUAUCCAAAGUUGCAUUAGACCUACGAUACAAUACAUUGCUAAAUCAAUCCCUGUUGCCUAAAACAGUUCUUCUUCUUUGCUUGUUGUUCAUACACAAGUAUUCAGGACAGAUGUUUAAAACCAGAUGUUUAUCAGUUUGUGCUUUUCAAAGAACACAAUGAAUGCUUAUUUAUUGAAUAAA